ACUUUCAGCAGGUAGCGUUUCUGGAAAUGGGUUAAACAAUUUUUAGACCUGACUAAAUGAAAGUUAAGACCUCGGAUGAAAAUCUGGCCGUUUUUAAGACUUUUUAAGGCCUUAAAUUUAAAGUUCAGAAUUUUAGACUUUUUAAGACCCCGCGGGAACCCUGAAGGACAAUAACACACUAUGUGCAUAGCAUUUACAAUUUUACAAGGAAAAAUCUAGUCAGGGUAGUGCAAUAUUGAAUUUCUGACACAAAUGAAAAUGAGGUUGUGAGGGAUAGAAGUAUGUGUUCAGUGGAUUGUACUGUUGUUUAAAGUGCCCCUAUUAUGCCUUUUUUAAGGUUCCUAAUAUUGUUUUGGGAAUCUCCUACAACAGGUUCACAUGCAUGCAAGGUUAAAAAACACUUUCGUUUUCUCAUAAUAUACAUUUCAUUUCACCUCAAUGAAUUUCACCAAGUAAAUGAUUUGUUAGAAGCAGUUCAAAAUAUCAGUCUCUCUAAACCCCUCCUUUCCACGAACCUACACUGAUCUGAUUGGUCAGAUGGCCCAGUCCUUUGUGAUUGGUCUGCUGCACGCACUACGUGCCCAUUGCCAUAACUGAAUGACAGUUAUCAUUUCGCAAGACAUUGUAUACAAUGUAUGUAUGGACAGAAACGAUAGCACCGAUUUUACCAUUUCAAUUCGAGCCCGACGAUGAAAUGUCUGAAGUAGUCGAUCAACUAGAAACUGAUUCGCAGUCACGACUGGAGUAGGACGGUUCUAUAGGUAAGUCUCACCUUAGUUUGCUUUAUAAGACGUGAUAGCAGCGUCACUGUUAUACUUUAUGUAGAUGCACCUGUGGGAACUGGAUCAGAAUGCCAAGCGAAGCUGGAAACCUCUAACAUAAGAUAAACAUUUAGGCCAGAUAUGUGACACAGACUUUUUCGUCAUAACUAUUAACAAAGUAAGAAAUGGCUAUAUCAUUGUUUGACAUUACAAUGGGUGUUUACUGUUUAGAGAGAAUACUUCAACUAGUUAGCGUGGACUAGCAUCUUAACAUCCUAUUACAAUACAGAUAGAGCUCCACUCUACUGUAAUAAUAAAAACGCAGAGGAAAAAAACUGUUUGUUUCACAGUGAUGUAAGCGAACCGGGCCUACAGAUAUGUUGUAAACUCCCACAUUAGCCGAGCACAAAUGUGAAUAGCUGAUAAUGCGUUACACUUUGUAAACAAAAGUCGUGCUCCAUCCUUGAUCAAUACUCCAAAUAAUAAUUCAGACAAGCUGCAUUAAUUGACACAUUUUUUAGACAAUAUUGGACCCACAUCUGAAUAGCAGAACUACAGAAACGUGAGUUAGCCGGUAAGCAGGAGACAUACAGACUAGGGCUUACGUUACACAACAUAACUUACAAAACUACGAAUUUUGAACGAUCGCUAGAAAAUAUAAAAAUCAAUUAUUAAUCAUACUUACAGGUUGAGAUUCAGAGGAGCAAGCUGGUCCAAAUAAGCUGGUUAUUGAUCCAUAUUUUAAGACCAAGCAUUUUGUGAAUCCUGCAUUAAACUCCCCGGGGUUUGAGAAGCAGCCGUCAGUAAAAUGACGGGAACACAAAAGAUUGUACUGCUGUGGUAUUGUUGAAAAAAAUAAUUUUCCCUGGUGUCUGUGCAUGCAAUAAGUGUGUGGGUGAAUUUGCUAAUGUUUCUUUGUGACGUCACAAUGAAACCGCUUGGGAUUCGUUUUACAAACGACUCGUUUAAUUGACUCAGAGAGUCGACUUCUACUUUUGAGAGACAAUAACUUAAUAUACGGUACACUUCCAUAUUUAACAUUUGCAGGAUGUUUUCAUUCACUUAGAUCUGUUACACACUACAUGAAAGUUAAUUUUCAAAAAUCCAUAAUAGGGCACUUUAAUAACAAGCCAAAUGUUCACUAACAUGAAAUCUUUUUUUUAAAAACUUAGCAGACAAAAACUCCAUUAAACUAUGAAAACUCUUGAAAAUUACGUCAUCUAGGACCUUUAGAGUGCAUGCCAUUGUAAAGACUGUAACUCUAUGCCUCACAGACUCAUUUUCAUUUGUGUGCAAUUCAAUAUGGCUUCACCCCUGACAAAAGCCUAUUGUUAAAUGAUAUGAAAUCACAUCCAGCAACUGCGAUAUCUGGCCGUUCAAACUACUGAUAAUCCCGCCAACUCUGUUUACAUUCAAGCAUUCAAGGUGAACGCGCAACACCAUAUAAGGAGAAGAGGGAAAAGCUUAAACUUCAUUGGCCAGUCCGCAAUGCGAAAUUUGAAUAUGCAGAAACUAACGAACAGUUUUCAGUUACCGUUAAUCAGAUAAACAAAACAAGUGUAAAUACAAUAAAUACGCUGAAACAUUGUACGUGGUUGAUAAUUUUCCCCAGGUAUGCUAAUCUCAAAAGAAGUAUGAAUUUACUUGACCUCUCAUUGGCCUCUACUUUUUACCUGAAUACUUUAUUGAUACACCAUGACGUUGCACUGGGUAAUAAAGUUACAGUACGUGUUGAGGCGAACACUGUUGAUCUCACACUAUCGCUGGCAAUCAUGAGACUCACAGUCUGUUUUCUUUCUCUGCUCACUGUAUUCUGCCCUGGAGAGUGUGGGAAUAUUUUAGUUUGGUAUACUGAGGGCAGUCACUGGAUCAAUCUGAAGAUCGUGUUGGAAACAUUGAUUGACAGGGGACACGAUGUCACAGUGCUGGUGCCGGAUGCCUCUCUCUUCAUGAAAGCUAAAGAUUCGGAUCGCUUCGCCUAUCAGCCCUUUAAUGUGUCCAUGGAUGAACAGGAGAUGCGAGACUUCCUUGAUGAAUUUCUGUAUUUCUCGGUGUAUGAGAUGGAUCAGUUAAACAUACUGCAGAUUCAGAAGAAAAUCUACGAGUUUACUUCCACACUUCAGGAUAUGUCUCUGUCAUACUGUGACGGCAUUCUCAAAUCUCCGGAGUUAAUGGACAAAUUGCGGAAUGGAAAGUUUGAUAUUGUUCUGUCAGAUCCGAUCUACCCGUGCAGCGAUAUUGUGGCUGAAGAGCUGGGCAUUCCCUUGGUUUACACGUUCAGAUUCUCCCUUGCUCACGCUGCAGAGCGGAUGUGUGGUCAGAUACCAGCGCCGCCAUCAUAUGUUCCUGGAGCCAUGAGUAAACUCACUGACAAGAUGAGCUUCACAGAACGAAUCUUCAAUAUGCUCUUCUACCUUUCUCAAGAUGCUUUUGCCAUUAUUGCUUGGAAAAAAAUUGACAACUAUUACACUGAAUAUUUUGAUGGCAGUCACUGGAUCAAUCUGAAGAUUGUGUUGGAUACAUUGAUUGACAGGGGACACAAUGUUACAGUGCUGGUGCCUGAUGCCUCUCUCUUCAUGAAAGCUAAAGAUUCGGAUCGCUUCGCCUAUCAGCCCUUUAAUGUGUCCAUGGAUGAACAGGAGAUGCGAGACUUCCUUGAUGAAUUUCUGCAUUUCUCAGUGUAUGAGAUGGAUCAGUUAAACAUACUGCAGAUUCAGAAGAAAAUCUACGAGUUUACUUCCACACUUCAGGCCAUGUUUCUGGCACACUGUGACGGCAUUCUCAAAUCUCCGGAGUUGAUUGACAAAUUGCGGAAUGGAAAGUUUGAUGUUGUUCUGUCAGAUCCGAUCUACCCGUGCAGCGAUAUUGUGGCUGAAGAGCUGGGCAUUCCCUUGGUUUACACGUUCAGAUUCUCCCUUGCUCACGUUACAGAGCGGAUGUGUGGUCAGAUACCAGCGCCGCCAUCAUAUGUUCCUGGAGCCAUGAGUAAACUCACUGACAAGAUGAGCUUCACAGAGCGAAUCUUCAAUAUGUUCUUCUACCUUUCUCAAGAUGCUUUUGCCAUUAUUGCUUGGAAACAAAUUGACAACUAUUACUCUGAAUAUUUUGGACGACCCACUUCCUAUUGUGAGAUGAUGGGUAAAGCUGAUAUCUGGUUAAUCAGAACUUACUGGGAUUUUGAGUUUCCACGGCCAUUCCUGCCCAACUUCAAAUACAUUGGAGGGCUUCACUGCAGCCCUGCCAAGCCAUUACCCAAGGACAUGGAGGAGUUUGUACAGAGCUCAGGGGAUGAUGGGAUUGUGGUCUUCACUCUGGGGUCUUUGAUAGACAAAAUGCCCAAAGAAACAAGCAAUAGGAUCGCCUCUGCACUGGCACAGAUCCCACAAAAGGUCUUGUGGCGAUACAGUGGAGAAAAGCCAGAUACUCUGGGUGAAAACACCAGAAUCUAUAAGUGGAUCCCUCAGAAUGAUUUAUUGGGCCACUCCAAAACCAGAGCAUUUAUCACUCAUGGGGGCACUAAUGGCAUAUAUGAGGCCAUAUAUCAUGGUGUGCCGAUGGUCGGGAUCCCCUUGAUCGGUGACCAGCCAGAUAAUUUGGCUCAUAUGAAGGCCAAAGGGGUUGCAGUCGUCAUGGACAACAUCAAGACCAUGCAGCCGCAAGAGCUGGUGGAUGGACUCAAUGCCGUCAUUAAUGACACCUCGUAUAAAGAGAAUGCAAUGCAUUUGUCCAGGACUCAUCAUGACAGACCAAUAAAGCCUUUGGAUGAGUCUGUGUUCUGGAUUGAGUUUGUCAUGCGCAAUAAAGGUGCGAAACACCUGCGUGUAGAAGCUCACAACCUUCCCUGGUACCAGUACCACUGUCUGGAUGUGUUCGCUUUUCUUUUCACCAUUCUGACUGUAGUCCUCUACGUCUUCUAUAAAUUGUGCAAAUUCUUCAUAAUGCGUUGCUGUUUUAGAUCAAAGAGGAAAAGCAAAAAAGAGUAACAGUUUUUUUGCACUAAACACUGUGUCUUCACCCAGACCAUGGGAUGUCUUUCUUCUCAGAAGAAAAAUAUCCUAUCAACCCAUCAGUUACAUCUCUAACUUCAGCUGUCAAUAGGAUGUUCCUCAUCACUCAACUUUGGAUGGGCUCUCAUUUUACGAUAAUAAGCAUGAAUGCAGUAAUUCUUAAUUAUAAUAAUUCUUAUUUUUCCCCUUUGUUUCUGUAACCUUGUUUUGAUUGAUUUGAGAUUGUAAGCAACUACUCUUACUGUU